CCAACAUGGGGCGGGCUGGAAAGAUUAAGGCGCAUGUGGACAGCAGAGCCAGGGAGCACUUUUGUUCGGAAUUGGAAUGAUCUCCAUGAAGCAUCUAAGUGGAAAAAGGUCCCUGCGUAUCGUCACACAGAAACUGUUCCCGGACAGACACUCAAGCACUGGGUCACACUAACCCUUCUGGGAAGAGAGCCGGGUGGCUGGCCGGGGUUGGGACAGUUCACAGCACGUACUCAAACUCGACUGAAGAAUGGGCCAUUUUAAAGUUUAGGAUAAAAAAGUUCUGCUGUUGUAUGGUGGUGAUGGCUGUAAAGCGGGAAUGUAUUUAAUGCCACAGGACCGCACAACUGGGAAUGGUUACAACGGGGGGAAGCGCGAUGAGGACCUGGUCCUGCCCAUCAACUCCUCUCUGAGCGUCACCUUGCACCAAGACCAGUUAAAAACCACCACCACGGCCGCCAUCAGCAAGGAUUUCACCGAGGACCGGAUUUGGCUGAAUGGCCGGGAGGAAGAUGUGGGGCAGCCACGCCUCCAGGCCUGCCUCAGGGAGAUCCGCCGCCUGGCCCGGAAGCGGAGGAGCACCGGCGACGAGGACCCGCCGCCCCUCAGCCUCAGCUACAAGGUUCACAUCGCAUCGGUGAACAACUUCCCCACGGCCGCGGGCCUGGCCUCCUCCGCGGCUGGUUAUGCCUGCCUAGCCUACACCCUGGCCCGGGUCUACGGGGUUGACAGCGACCUCUCGGAAGUGGCCCGCCGGGGCUCGGGCAGCGCCUGUCGGAGCCUGUACGGCGGCUUCGUGGAGUGGCAGAUGGGGGAGCGGGCCGACGGGAAGGACAGCGUCGCCCGGCAGGUGGCCCCCGAGUCACACUGGCCCGAACUCCGAGUCCUCAUACUUGUGGUGAGCGCGGAGCGUAAGCUGAUGGGCAGCACGGCGGGCAUGCAGACCAGCGUGGAGACCAGCCCCCUGCUGAGGUUCCGGGCCGAGGCGGUGGUGCCGGGGCGCAUGGUGGAGAUGACCCACUGUGUCCGGGAGCGGGACUUCCAGGGUUUCGGCCGGCUGACCAUGAAGGACAGCAACCAGUUCCACGCCACCUGCCUGGACACCUUCCCGCCCAUCUCCUACCUCAGCGACAUCUCCAGACGCAUCGUCCGCCUCGUGCACUGCUUCAACGCCCACCACGGGCAGACCAAGGUGGCGUACACGUUUGACGCGGGCCCCAACGCUGUGGUCUUUACCCUGGACGACACCGUGCCCGAGUUCGUGGCUGCCGUGAGGCACUGCUUUCCCCCCGAGUCCAACGGAGACAAGUUUCUGAAGGGGCUGCCCGUGAGGCCUGCCUCGCUCUCAGACGAGCUGAGGGCCGCGCUGGAUGUGGAUCCCACCCCCGGCGGCGUCAAGUACAUCAUCGCCACGCAGGUGGGCCCCGGGCCUCAAAUGCUGGACGACCCUCACGCCCACCUCCUGGGCCCCGACGGCCUGCCGAAGCCAGCUGCUUGACCACCUUCCCCAAGACGAGCCCCAGCCGCCGCUGGGACAAGGGCCGCUUCGCCAGGACAGGGGUGCUGGGUGUGGCGGCUGCGAGUCUGCUCACUGGGGGCUCGAGGGGUAGCCGCCGGGCUCCAGGCCAGGCCACUUGCUGUGGCCACGUUGGGACACUUGGAGUGACCGUUGGCGCCACCUGGGCAGUCGGGGGCACGCCCCCCAGCGGGUGCCGGGCUGGAUGGCAUGGGGCUCCCUGGCCUCGCCCUCUGGGGCCGCUGCCACCGCCCCAGACGGCAGCCGUGCCGGAUAUGACGGGGAGGUGGCGUCCCUCCUCAGAGCCGGAGGACAGGACGCCUCUGCAGACCUCAGGGACCCUCUGGAAGACUUGAAGCCUGAGAGCCGCCUACGGCUCCUCUGCCAGACACAGGCCACGAGGUGUGAAUGGAACGUUUCUGUGCAAAAUGACCACUGGGGGCGCCUGGCGAGCUCAGUGGUGGAGCGUGGGAGUCUUGAUCACAGGGUCGUGAGUUCAAGCCCAUGUUGGCAGCUGGAGAGUUUACUUUAAAAAUAAAUUAAAAAAAAAAAAAAAAAAAA